AAAGCUGAGUGUGGCGGGCAGAGAAGGUUAAAGAAUAAAGAGGUCUGGACGUUCGCUGACCGGCCGGACACUAACGGAUAGGUCAAGACAAAGGAAUACCACACUUCAGCGCGUCAUUAAGAACGAUCUGCUCCUGUUGUGGAAGGACAGUAUUUAUUUUUUUUUACACUGCAAAUCAGGAGCCUCAUUUUUUAAAUAUUUAUUCGCAUUCCUUUUAUUUUGUUGAGAUUCUUAACGCUCCUCUCCACAGCCGCCUUUUUUUUCUACCGCCUACUAUGGUCAAAAUGGAAGUACAGAGCCUUGAUUGCGCCUCUUUUCGAAGUCUGCUUCAGGGGGACGGCUCCGCCUGCCUAGUGCUGGACUGCCGAUCUUUCUUCUCGUAUAACUCGUCGCACAUCCCCGGCUCGACCAACGUCCGCUUCAGCACGAUCGUGCGCCGGCGAGCUCGUGGCGGGCUCGGGCUCGAACACAUUGUACCCAACGAAGAGGCGCGCGGCAGGCUGCUGGCCGGUGGCUUUGCCGCCGUGGUGUUCCUGGACGAACGCAGCGCCGAGCUGGAGCAAGUGAAGAAGGAGAGCACUUUGAUGCUGGCCGUGUCCGCCUUGUGCCGGGAGCCUUGCGGGGCCAGCGUCUUCUUGCUUCGAGGGGGCUUCGAGGCGUUCUCUUCUCAGUUUCCCGAGAUGUGUACCAAGCCAUCACCGCCCCAAGGACUGUGCCUCCCGCUGAGCGCCGGAUGCCCGCCUGGAAGCGCCGAGUCGGGAUGCAGCUCGUGCGGGACACCGCUUUACGAUCAGGGUGGACCUGUGGAAAUCCUUCCAUUUCUCUAUCUGGGCAGUGCCUAUCAUGCCUCCAGGAAGGACAUGCUGGACGCCUUGGGCAUCACUGCCCUGAUUAACGUCUCUGCCAACUGCCCGAAUCACUUUGAAGGCCACUACCAGUACAAGAGUAUUCCGGUGGAGGACAACCACAAAGCCGACAUCAGCUCCUGGUUCAACGAGGCCAUUGACUUUAUCGAUUCUGUAAAAAGCACAGGAGGCCGUGUCUUUGUGCACUGCCAGGCUGGCAUCUCCCGUUCUGCCACCAUCUGCCUGGCAUACUUGAUGAGGACUAACCGGGUCAAACUGGAUGAAGCUUUCGAGUUUGUCAAGCAGCGGCGCAGCAUCAUCUCGCCCAACUUCAGCUUCAUGGGGCAGCUGCUGCAGUUCGAGUCGCAGGUCUUGGCGCCUUCCUCCUGCUCCGCGGAGGCUGGCAGUCCGGCCCGAGGAAAGACUGGCACCGUGUUCACCUUCCCCGUCUCCAUCCCAGUCCACUCCACCGCCAGCCCCCUUACCUUCCUCCACAGCCCCAUCACCACCUCGCCAAGCUGCUGAGCCCACUGACUGCCCGAGUCGUCGUUUUCUAACGUCUGCAAGCAAGUGGCGCUUAGGACUUGGUGAAGGCAUCACCUGACUUGGCCCCCCAGUGGUGGGGCAGCAGAAGCCGAGGGGCGUUUGGGAGACACCCACCCCCCCUCCGUCCACCAGUGGUCUUCAAAUUCCUAAGGACUGAACAAAGAGAGAGUAUGGCGAGCAUUCGAGAGGACGCCUGCAUGUGGCUGUGUGGAGACGCGCCAACUCGGCCUUGAUGGGACAGCAAAGCUGUGAAUUCCUGCCUGGGCCUCGGCCCUCUUGUUUAAGACUCUCACACACUGACAUUAACCCCACCGCCCUUUUCUGUUCACUCCAUAGUGCAAUAAUGUUAUAUAGCGCCCCGUCCUCCUUAUGCCGAAAGUACAGAGACUGAGCAGGUGGGCGAUGGCCGGCAGAGCUACAUGGCCACAGAGAUCCACGACUGGGCAGCAGUGGCCGGCUGUCUGUUACGUGAGGUGAACUGGCAUAAGAGAACGCGGGCGCUGGUCUGAUAAGCUAGCACAUGUGGACCCCCCCCAAAUAAGGCACAUGUCACUGUGUCAUUGCUUGUGGCCUUUGAUUAUUCUCAGGAAGACUUUUAGAAAUCCUGCACUGUGAGUGUUGUGUCAUGGGGUGGGAAAGCGUGGCCUUCUGGACUCAAAUGUCAUGCUGCAGUAUUCCUACAAGGACGGGGGGGGGGGGGGGCAGGCAGGGGCAAAAUAGAAAUACCUCAGAAUAUUGUAAAGUACCGUAAAGUUUGGUACCGUCCUGACAAAGCACUGCGCGAGCUGCUCUCGCUAUUUAUGAACCAAAGUAAUAUAUAAAUAUCUAUAAUCCAUAGCUAUAUUUUCUAUAUGUUUUGAUAUGUUAACUCAAAAGUGGUUUUCUAUGACAAUAAUAAACCUAUUGUUUUUAUUUUUA